UCUAACGACUGGCAUUCCUGUUUUUUACGUGCGGGUAAAACCACGGCUUUCUGGAGCGCGGAACCCCUUUCCACAAUUUUGUUUGCAACAUCCAGUGUUUUAAGUGCAUUUACUUGUGAUCAUUGCGAUGCCGUGUUUAUGGUGAAUAAGAUGAUAUACGCAAGAGAGCGUGAACGCGCUACAGAAAUGUGUGGGAAGAUGAGUUAACCGUGUGUUAAAGCGUGCAGCGGUCAACCUUCCGACAAGUUUAGUACGGGAAUCUAUCCAUAUUCAGGACUUGAUUGCACCGAGCUUUAGUAGAAGGUUCAAGUAGCGGAGAAUGAGUGCAUCAGCUGUUAAAUCAUCGAUAUCUGGAGUAGGGACAUCCCCGACUUCGACUACUCAUUCCAUGCUUCCAAUGAAUGCUAUGGCUCAAAAAGUAGUUCCUGGUGUGGAAUCAGGAUCUAUGAAACCUUUAACCGGAACAGGAUUAAGCUAUGUUACAUUGCAACCACCCAGUCAGCCUCUCAGUUUGGUACAAGAUCACAGACCAUCAGUUUAUCAAACACCACCUUACAUAAGUAACAAUUCUGAAAAGGAGUCAGAAUCGGAUAAGCUUAUACCAAACGGCAUAGAAACUAUUAAAGUGGAAACCGAACAAAGCGUACCUGCUUCUGUUAAGCCCAGCGAACCAAACAGGAAUAACAACAUGAGUCCUGAAAAUUCGAUCGAAGAUGAACAACGAGAAACUCCGACAGAACCAGAAACAAUUUCUCAUGCCUUAGAAUGUUCAGCAAUGUGUCCCCAGGGACAAAACAAGAUUGAAGAAAAGAAAACUACUGUAAAUAAUGGCUCUAAAGAAGCUGAAGGUGUACCAGUUAAUGCUUCUAUACAAACAAAGUUAUUGACGCAUAAAACUGAAGAUGCACCAGUUAAAACGGAAGUUCAAAAAAUUAAACCAACGAAUCAGAGUGCAAAAUCGAGCGGAGAUAGUCCAGCUGUAAAUCCACCAUCAAAUAAUUCUACUAAAGCUGAAACAAAAGUAACGGUUUUGCCGAAAGCUAAUAAACGAAAAUCUAGAGAAUUGAAGGAUUUGAAAGGGAUAUCUUUGAUUCCGGACGGAGCAAGUAAACCUAAGAGAAAUCGAACCCAAACACAACCCUAUCAAAGUCCUUUGCCAGAAAUAGCGUUGCUUGUCAAAAGUUUGAACAAGUCUCCUGUGACGAAAGCUGCAGACGACAAGCUAAUAGUAUUCUAUAAGAAUGAAUUUCUGGCUGUGAGAAAUGCAGAAGGAAGUUUUUACGUUUGUCAAGCAAUGCAUAACAUAUAUAAGUCCAGCAGGCGUGUUCGUAUACGUUGGUUAUCGCAAGAUUCGAACAAUGGUGAAAUUUAUUCUCCAGAUUUUUACGAUGUUACAGAUUUCGAUUGUAUAUUAACAAAUUUAAAUUUGAAUAAAAUUGAUAAAAAUAAAUUUCAAUUAACGAAGAUAGAGUUAUUACGUACAGAGAAUAUAUUAAAAAGAGCGCUCGAGGUGGAAUCUGGAGUUUCUGAAAAGCCAAGAGUGACGGAAGAACAUCCUGAUGGACUCGAUUUGUCUCUUUACAAAGAUGAAUCACAAUUGAAGAGAAGAAGAGGUCACGGUCCGUACAAGCAGAAACAAAGUCAACGAAAAAAAAUGAAACGUUCGGCAAGUUCAUCCGAAGAGGAAGCGUCCGAGGAUGAUUCAAAGGAUGAAAAGAAAUCACCUAAAACGGGACGUUCUAAAAAGGGAUCGGUAAACAAAGCGUUGGCGAUUGCUAAAUCGGUAGCAAAAGGAUCUAGCAGAGCAGAAAGAGCAUUAAACAGAAGCACCAAAUCUGGAAACAGUACAGGUAGCGAGUCUACCGGUGGUACUGCUGCUGCAACUGCAACUGCUACUGCUACUGCAGCAGCUGUACCUGUUAAUAGCGCUGCUACGCCAACGACUCCCGUUGAUUCAGCUAAAAAUAAUGGAGCGGAUCCGAAAAAGAUUGAUGCUAAAAAACUGACAAAGCAACAACAACAAAGCAACAACAAUACGAGUGGUGUACCAAGGACGAAGCUUCGUGGGUCAGCUGAAAACAUGCAGCAAGGGAGUAGUACUGCGGGACGUCCCAAACGCGUAGCUGCUUCGGCGAAUAUUCUAUUAAACGAAGAAACACCAGCAACAGCAGCAGUACCACGGAAAAAGCCACGUGGCAGAGCGUAAGAUUGACAUAAUCAAUUGUUUAUCUUAUGCCAUAAUAUAUUUACAGCCGAGUCUGUAUCGUAGGCAAUAUGUACGUGUGGUGGUACACUCUUUAAAAAAAGAAAGAAAGAAAAGAAAAGAAACACAAACAAAAAAAAAAAGAAAGAAUAAACGAAAAAAUAAGUAAAAAAUUACAAUCAAUUUACAAUGUAAUAUAUAUAGAUAUAUAUUAUGAUCUCAAGGUUCUUGAAUGUACCAAAUGCUGCGUUAUAUUAUAGUCUAACGAUACGGGAUCAAUGACUUAUAUUACAAUGCGGCAACUCGCAUUUCAAAAACUAUGUAACAACAAUUACAACUACAGCAACAAUUCCGAGACUUAUGGUAGAGAAAGAGGGAAAGAGAGAAAGAGAGAAAAAUGAUAUUGUGAUAUAUAUCAUGCUAAAUUUGUACAUAUCGUCUACGUCUCAGACUCCUCGGGAAGAGAAUAAAGUCACGGAUAUAGUAUGGGGGGGGGAAUGGUACCUUGGUUGAGUAAUAACUAUCUACAGGGUGUCAUAUGCUAAUGCAGCACUCUUGCAAUAGUCUAUUUUUGAUGUUGUGACUGAACCAUACGUGAUUCAUUUGAGUUUUAUUGUACACUUUCCAUUGGAUAUGAUAGCUAUGUACAAAUAUAUAUGUCUGGGAUUUGUAUGCAUUCUGUAAAACAGAUUUAUUAAGACAGAGAGGUGAGAAAGAUGAUGGUUAAAACAAAAACAAACAAACAAAAUAUAUAGGGUAAAAAGAAAACAAAAAAAAAAUUAAAAAUAAACAAACAAACAAAUUUACGCGAACGAUCUGUGAGCGAAAUUUGAUCGAUCUCUCUUAUCCGCUGCUGAUCGAUAAGAUAUUUGUUAGAGAAAGAGAUAGAAGUACAAUAUCUGAACAUGUAAACGCUGAAUUUUAAGAGCUGUUUCUAAAAUGGCAUACAGAAAAUAUGGUCCAGCGCCUAUAUAUAAAAAAAGAAAAAGGCAGGCAGAUAGAGAAAGAGAGAGAAAAAAAAAUAUACAGAGAAGAAGUGCCCUGAAUUGUAAUCCCUUGCCUCAUUGUUGAAUCCAUUGAUUCACGAGUGUGAAAAAGAGUCUUAUUAACAAAAA